AUGCGGAUCACUCAGUACCCCAUAAGCUACAUCUCGAGAAGUGGCAUGGAUCUGCAAGGAGGGUUACCACUUAGCUUCUCCGUAGCUCCCGAGCAACUCCUACACGGCUCGACCAUCCUUAGUACGACUUUCAAAGCGGAUAUAUGGAGUCUCGGCAUAGUGCUGCUGGAAAUGGCUACGGUAUGUGGCUCACGACUAGGUUAUCUCAAGGUGGAAACCCCAUGA